CCUGUGCAAUGAACGUCCACCACAAGUGCCAAACCAAAGUGGCGAACCUUUGUGGCGUCAACCAGAAGCUCAUGGCCGAAGCACUGGCGUUGAUUGAGAGCGCUCAGCAGGCUCGAAGUUUGCGUGAUCCGGAGCAUAUUACACGGGAAGGGCCGCUUGAAAUUCUCUCCCCGGACAGAGGCUCCCCUUCCGCCCCGUCUGUGCCAGGCCCCCCAGUGGGGAAAAAAGAACCUCAAGGUAUUUCCUGGGAAUCUCCAGCAGAAGACGUCACGAGCGCCGAUUCUCCAGCAGUUCCCGAACCAAGGAUAGAUCUCCAUCCCGAUCUGCCAAAACUGACCAUAGAUGAUUUCGUCUUGCACAAAAUGCUGGGGAAAGGAAGUUUCGGCAAG